UUACAGAUGAACCGGGAAUCUGAGGACAGGUCUUUUGUACAUAAGCAACGAGGCAGACCCGUUAAUAAGGGUCGGAGGUACGACACAGAGUCGUUCCAUGAUUCAAGAGAGGUGAAAGAAGGGAGAGAGAGCGAUUUGACAGAAGAGGACCUUCAGUAUCUGAAGCAGAUCUUCCAUUCCCAGGAUGAACUUGUCUUUGAUGACGAUUCAGAACGAGAGGUGUUCGUGGAGAACGUACUGAACCAGUUUGUCGGACGGGAGUCAUGCCUCGCCUUCCACCAGAUGCCAUCCCGCUGCGUGGAGAGGCUCCUGACCCUCUCGACCCCGGAGCAGCUGCAUCGCAUCUACACUGCCCUUGGGGAGGAUCUAAGGAAGUGCACCUUUCAUUCCUUUGCCAGCCACGUCCUGCAGACGUCUCUCGUGUCGGCCACCAUUCAUGUUGCAGCUAAUCAGGACGAAAAGAGCCUUGCAUGGGUGGUACGUGUGUCAAAGUACCUGUUGAACAACAUCCACGACAUGAUUGGAAACCAGUACAGCAGUCACAUCGUCAGGACUGCCAUCCAGUGUCUGGCUGGGAUCCCCAGUGAAGGUGAAGAACGGAAGGGCAGGAAAAGAAAGAAUCUCGGGGUUGGUGCGGAAGUCCCCGAGUUCGAACCUCCUCCAGGGUUCCUGUCCAUCCUUGAAGGCUAUGUGCAAUGGUUUCUGAAUCAUCCGCAACUCAUAGAGUUGCUGCAGGCCGAGAUGAGCUCCCGGGUGAUCCAGACCCUGCUCCUCGUAACCCAUUGGCGAAACAAGAAGCUGUGGAAAGCUCUCGCAAAAUUCAUCUGCGGGUCCUUAGCCGGCUCCUUGGCGGAAGCCCUGGAAGAUGCAUCGACCCUGCACGUCGUCGAGGUCCUCGUCGUGACGUCGAACCGAAGCAUCUACAAGAAAUUGUACGAGGGCCUGUUCGAGAAUCAAAUUUCUCUACUUGCCACUCAUCAUUUGGGGAAUUUCACCCUUCAGAAGCUCCUGUCUGCAUGCCCCAACCAGGAGUUGUUGGUACGGUUGUACGAUUUGGUGAGUCCUCAUUUGCCUGAUGUUUUUCAUUGUGGAUACACAGGCGUCCUUCUGUCCCUGAGUGAAGCCUGCCGACGACACGGCACCAAGCAGUCUCAAUUUCUUAAG